AUGGCAGACUACACAUGGGAUCGACCGGUCCUCGCUCUUUGGAGGGGUCACUGGUACCGCGCAACGCAACUGAAUGCAACCACCAUCAAAUUCGAUUGUCCUCCCGGGAACGACUUGAGGCUCAACAGCUAUAGCAACGCUGAGAUCCGAAAAUAUCCUCAAGACAUCGGUGGCAACCCGCUCAAGACUGCAGCAAGCGAUGAGCCAGUACAAAAGGGCGAUAAUGUUCUUGCACGAGUUCGUACCGCAAAUCACUAUCAUACAAGUGACAUGGGAUAUGAGAUGGGCAGUGUUCUGGAGACUUCGUACAGGGGCAAGGCCGCAGAUGUAUUGGUUGAGUACCAAAGUGGCAUCAAGGACGUGGUGACUUACGACAAGAUCUGUCACAUGUAUCUCGGGGGCCCCACCCGUCUCAACAGUCUGGCUCAGGGCGUAUACCCGAGAUACCACAAGCCAUUCGUCUCCGCCGCAACGCAUUCUGAGAUUCUAGUUUCGACGCCGUCGAACAGCAUCACAGCAGGUCCCGCCAGCAGGUCUAACUCCGACAUAUUGAGUAGGCAGGGUAGCGCGCCAGCCUUCACAGGAGCCGGCACGCGAAAUGGCAGCAUAGAGAGCGACUGGAGAAUCAUCCAGCGUUAUAGCAUCGAAGACCUCAUCACCGUCACUCGCAAUUACGUCGACGACCCAAGAUUCAUCACAAACAAUCCCAAGUCUCGCAAGGAGUACAUCAUGCAAGUCAGCCUCGCGUUUGCGAAAAUGCAUGAAGACGACAAGACGUCGCAAGCUGGCGUCGAGUUCAAGCGACUAUGGGCCCAACUUACCUGA